AUGCAGCUGCGACGAGAAAGUGCAGUGCAUUGUGUUUAUAAAGCCAGUAGCAUAGUGCAUCAGCCAAAUAUAGGAGGAUUGCUAAUGUGCUUUCAUUAUGAGUGGAAAAGAGGAAUGCCUCAAUAUUUUGACGAUGAAAUUCCAUAUUUUGGGCGAAAAAGUUCGAAGGAUUUGAAAAUUUAUCGCAAUAGUAAGCAAAGAAUUGCGCCGGACUGCGUUAUGAAAUGCAUGCAGGAUGUGGGUACUGGAUUUGGAGAAUAUUUCACUUCUGAUGGUGCCUUAAAUACUAAUUUCUUACAAUCUGAUGAUCGAUUUAAAAAACCCUUAUUAACAGCCAGUAAGCUUUUCUUCGACCGAUUUCAUAUACCUUAUUCGAUUAAGAAAAAGAAAAACUGGGAACUUGUCGACGAAACGAAACGUAAUAUUACUAGCAUUCAGGAUGAUCGCUUAUCGAUAAUGGUUGUGAAGAUCAAUUCUAUUUGCUUAUACCAGUCGGAAAGAUUUGAUAAUACUUUAGAUUAUGUUCCUGUUGAUGAGAUACAUUUAGUCGAUUCAAGGAACCGCGAAAUACAUAAAAAGACGAAAAAUUUGUUUUAUGGCGAAAUAUUUUACCCUCACAAAUUCAUUCGAGAGAAUGCUCCACCUAAUAUUUGGUAUAAAAAAUUCAUCAAGAAAAAUCACCCGCCUCGACCAAUUAUUAAUUUGUGGCAUUCUUUCUCGUUGUAUAAAAUUAUUCUCGUUCUGAAAGAACUGGUAUCGAAAUAUAGCAAUAGAUGGUUGAACAUGGAUAAGAAAUGGAUCGCAAAAUAUAAGGACAAUCAAAAAAAUGCAGUGGAAAGAAGGGAGAGGAAAGAUCGCUAUUCUCGUCGAAAUAUGAAAUACAAGGACAAUAAAAAAAAUAGAAUGAAAAAAAAGGGGAAAGAUUGUCAGUCUCAUCGAAAUAAGAAAUUUUUCACAUCGAAAUGCCAGGAAUACGCUAACGAGCUGUAUAAUGAAGAAAUACAGCCUUUGGAACGAGAAAUCAGUGAGGUUCUUCCUACUUCAUGCAGAUCGCAGUUUUAUAUUUCCGAUUUUCUCGUGGGCAUCCCGAUUGAUAGAUUAUCAAAAUCAAAUUCUAAAUCAAAACGUCAAAGGAAUGGCAAAAUAUCUAAGAUUCGUUCUGAAGAAUUUGAACAAUGGUUCGCUAGUAGUCCUGCAUAUGAGCUUCAUAAAGAAAAUGAUAUUGUCGAUGAAAGCCAAGUGACUGAUUCCAAGGAGAAGAAUGUCUUUUCAUAUGAAUCGUUACCGUUGUAUAAUAUUUUCUUAAAUCAGCGAGAAGCGGAAUUUAUCAAACGCCAAUUGCUGCCAAAUACUCAACCAGUUUUGAAUGUUAUUCCUAUUUGCUAUAUAACUGAUUUCAAUUGGCAAAAUAAUACUCAUUUAGUGCUGCCAGAAUUUCUCGAGAAUUUUUAUGGUUCAAUUAUUAUUCAGCCGAUUUUAUAUGCUCGUAAUAACGAAUUUCUUAGGAUUAUUCUUAAUGCAUUUGUGUCGAAAUACGACAAAUUUAAUGAAAGUGAGGAUAAAUCAAGUUUAUUGGUGCCAAGGUCCUCAUUUGAAAAAUUUCUGCCAAGAACUGUGCAGUUGCCUAGUUAUGACUCUUCGUCGGUUUGCUGCGUUUUUUUGCAGGAAAUGUUUCCGAAUAAGUACGAGGAUCAGCAGGACGAGUUAUGUUCAUCGACAUCAUAUGACGUUGAUUCUUAUUGUUCCAUAUGUGGUGAGAAUGAUAAAUACGGUUUUGCAUUGCAAUGCAAGCAUUAUUUUUGUGCGGAUUGCUGGGGUCAGUACUCAGUUGAGAGGAUUUCACUGGCUAGAGUUCCAGUAUUGUGUCCCAAAACAUUUUGUAACGAGAAGCUGUCUUUGGGCCAAAUGCGAAUUUUUCUUUCCAAUAAAAUUUGCCAAUGGUACAAAAAUUUAUUAUUUAAUAGAGGAAUGAUGCGCAGAGAAUGGACUUACUGCCGAAAAUGUUCAAAAAUAUUGCACAUUCCCGAAAGUAGCAAAAUGGAAAAGACGUGUGGAAUCUGUAAAUGUGGUUCAUCUGUUUGUUUGCUAUGUGAAAGAGAAGUUCACAUUCCUUUGUCUUGCAAUGAAUAUGAACCCUACGCUAACGUGGUAACAGCAAAUGGCAAAGGUAAUGAAUAUUUUGCAGAAAAUAAUUUACUCCAAUUGAAUGUGGAUAAUGUUUCCGUUGCCAAAUGUCCAAAUUGUGGUGCUUUUUGUGAAAGGAACGGUGGUUGCGAGCAUAUCAUGUGUAUAUGCAAUUUUGAUUUUUGCUAUCAGUGUGGUGAUGCUUGGUCAAACCAGCCACACUAUAUGUGCAAAACGAAACUUGAGAAAGUUAAUCUCUAUGAUGUGCCAAUCGAAAUCAAUGAUAAAAUUCCACUGCACGUGGUUGAAGAGUGUUUUAAAUACCGGCGAAGUGAUAAAAUUUCGUUAUUAACGAGGCGUUUAUUUAAAAUAUUUAGGUCUGAUUACAAUAUGUUUUUUGAUGUUCGCUCAACAUUCUUUGCUGUGACCAGUUUUAUGGAAAUGCUUUUGUUAAAAAUUCAUUACACCAAAAGUUAUUUAAAAAUGUGGAGGAAAAGAAAUAAAGCAGAUAAUAAGGUGAAUAGCAGUUCAAUAAAAUUGCGAAUUCUCUUGAAAUCGAAGAAUAGACUUCGCUUUUCGUUUAAUUUAUUUUGCACUGCAAUUGAUGCACAAAAUCGAAUGAGGAUUAUUCGAUCGAAAAUGUUGUUGGACAAUACAUUGCAAGCGUGCAUUAGCGAAAUUAUUUAG